AUGUGCAGGGAGGAGGAGGGAGAUGGGGAGAGAGAAGAACGCUCCCCUCACCGGCCCAUUCUCCAGGCUGGUCUCCCGGCCAACACCACUGUGCAUGUGGGAGAGGAUGCCCGCUUUGUCUGCAAGGUCUACAGCGACGCCCAGCCUCACAUCCAGUGGCUGAAACACAUCACUCAGAACGGCAGUCGCUAUGGCCCAGAUGGACACCCCUAUGUCCGUGUGCUAAAGCGUUCAGGUAUUAACAGCUCGGACGUGGAGGUGCUCACCCUCACCAACGUGACCGAGGACGAUGCCGGAGAGUAUAUCUGUAAAGUCUCCAAUUAUAUAGGCGAGGCCAACCAGUCGGGCUGGCUGACUGUCAUCCCAGCCCUCGAGAAAACCCCAGGGCCCUUCUCCCCAGACUACGUGGAGAUCGCUAUAUACUGCGCUGGCGUCUUCCUCAUUGCCUGCAUGGUGGGCAUCGUGGUGGUGUGCCGCAUGAGGAACACGGCAAAGAAACCAGACUUUGGCGGCCAACCGGCUGUGCACAAACUGAGCAAGCAGAUCCCUCUGCGCCGCCAGGUAACAGUGUCGGCAGACUCGAGCUCUUCCAUGAACUCUAGUACGCCGCUGGUACGCAUCACGACACGGCGGAGCUCGGCGCACGACGAACCGAUUCCUGAGUACGACCUUCCUGAGGAUCCACGCUGGGAGUUUGCCCGAGACAGGUUGACCCUGGGCAAACCCCUCGGUGAAGGCUGCUUCGGCCAAGUUGUAAUGGCAGAGGCCCUGGGCAUCGAUAAGGACAAACCUAAGGAAGCCGUGACUGUCGCUGUUAAGAUGCUGAAAGAUGACGCCACUGAGAAAGACCUGUCUGACCUGGUGUCAGAGAUGGAGAUGAUGAAGAUGAUCGGCAAACACAAGAACAUCAUUAAUCUUUUGGGGGCCUGUACACAAGAAGGCCCUCUCUAUGUGAUAGUGGAGUACGCCUCCAAAGGCAACCUCAGGGAGUACCUCCGAGCCCGUCGGCCCCCUGGCAUGGAAUACUCCUACGACAUUGCCCGCGUCUCAGAUGAACAGCUCACUUUCAAAGACCUGGUCUCCUGCACGUACCAGGUGGCACGGGGCAUGGAGUACCUAGCAUCGCAGAAGUGUAUACACAGAGACCUGGCAGCCAGGAAUGUCCUGGUCACAGAGAGCAACGUCAUGAAGAUUGCUGACUUUGGCCUGGCCAGGGACGUCCACAACAUCGACUACUAUAAAAAGACGACCAAUGGUCGACUUCCGGUAAAAUGGAUGGCUCCAGAGGCGCUGUUUGACCGGGUCUACACACACCAGAGUGACGUCUGGUCAUUUGGGGUGCUGAUGUGGGAGAUCUUCACCCUUGGGGGCUCGCCCUACCCUGGCAUUCCCGUCGAAGAGCUCUUCAAGUUGCUCAAAGAGGGCCAUCGCAUGGACAAGCCUGGCAACUGCACCAACGAGCUGUACAUGAUGAUGAAAGACUGCUGGCAUGCCAUCUCCUCCCAGAGACCCACUUUCAAGCAGCUAGUAGAGGAUCUGGAUCGCAUCCUCACCCUCAACACCAACGAGGAGUAUCUGGACCUGUGCGCCCCCACAGAGCAGUAUUCCCCCAGCUUUCCCGACACUCGCAGCUCCUGCUCCUCCAGUGAUGACUCUGUGUUUUCCCACGACCCGUUACCGGACGAGCCCUGCCUCCCCAAGUACCAGCACAUCAACGGAAACGUCAAAACAUGAGCCCCACCCCCAAAAAACACUCUACCCCAAAACACCCCAAAACACACACAGCACAGACCCCUUCUCUGACAUGCACCCAACCUCCUGCCCCCCCAUCACCCCCUCUGGCUCCCAGUGGACUGAAGGAGAACCCAGACGGGACUGGGCCGGUGGCAGCGCUGCUGUCACAGACUCACACUGCCAUGUGCACACACCAGACAUUACACACUACACACAUGGCAUGCUCACACGUGGUCUUAAAGGAGAGGACAGGGACCCUGCAGAAGCUGGUUGUUUUUUACUGACUGAAUGAACUGACCUUAGCCGGGGACCCUCCUCCUCCUCCUCUUCCUCCUCCCCCUUCAUGUAAAUACACAGACUUUUCAUUUUGGUUCUCAUGUUUGUAACCAGAGAGGCAUUAACUUGUUUGGUGAUCCCAUUCCAGUGGCUGGCAUUCCAAGACUGUUGUUUGCUCCUGGAGGAAUGUACAUGGAUCGACGUGAACUUAAAACAAGGGACAAGAGGAGGAAGACGAAAUAGGAAAAAGGACUGAGAGACAGAGCUCCGACUAACAAAACAGAGGAGUAGGAGGAGAGCACAUAUAGAAACUGCUCUCCUGUUUAUUUUGUAAUAUUGAUGCAUUUUUUUUCACUUCUCUUGAUAAACCUUCCCAAUUAUUCUGGAGAAAAAUAAAUACACAGUAUAAUGUAUAGUGCUGGGUAUAUUUGUAAAUAUAUUCAAAUAUGUAUAAAUAUAUAUUAUAUAUUUACAAUGAAUUAUUUUUUGUAUGGACUCUGAAAUAACCCAAUCCCUUCCUACCUUAACAUUGUGUUUGAGGCAGGAACGCUAACAGGUUACGUGUACGAUACUUCUCUUCACACACACACACACACACACACACACACGCACACACGCGAAUACACACUUUAAUUUACACAAACACCUGUCUUACUUUCACUCAGUAACACAGUUGAGUAUUGGCUUUCAGGGACUGAGGUAGCAUGUUAAUUUAUUGACUUAUGUGUUUUUGAAAUGAUUCAAAAGAAAAAAAAGUUUUGGAAAAAAGAACAAAAACAAUGUGGCAGAAAUGAUGACAUUAAUGAUGCUGACAAUACAUAAAUAAAUAAUACAUUAAAUUUAUGGUAAUUUAAAAUGAUCUUUCAACAGUAACAGAGGAGAAUGCUAUUUUUAGUAGGUUUGAAAGAUCCAGGUUUUGUAAGUUUAUAUAUGAAUGUGAAUUUUAAGUUAAAUUUUUAAAAAAGUGUACAUUUUAUAGUCAGCUAAUCCCUUUUUUUCUUAUGUAGAUGUUGAUACACUUUCUAUCCAGGCAUUUUACUCUUUCUUAGCUUUUGCUUUAGGAAAGAAGGUUGAUUUCUGGAUAUUUAUGUACGGUUAAAAAGGAAAAAAAAGAUUUUUGGGAAAAACCUACAAGCAAUCCGCUCCCUCAUUUAGACUUAAACAUAGACUACAAAUUCACUUGACAGAAUUGAAAGCUGAAAAACAAAGUAUUAAAUCAUUCAAGUGUUUGUUGUUUUUUUUUUCUACUGGACCAACUUUAAGAUGUUUUUUUGCAAGUGUUUAUGGCACAUUUGCAAAAUAAAUGAUGGAAAAACAUAUUCUUGUUCUCAUCCCUGACUGUUGGAAGUAUCGAGUGCCAUUUGGCAGCGAAGAGGCAGAGAAUUUGUUUUAUUGUUAUGAGUUGAAAGAAUGUGUUAUCAAACUGCACUUUCCUCUGCAGCUCAAUUUCUUUUUCUCUGUAUUUGAUAUGGGCAGAUAUGAUUUAGCUGUCGUUACUGAGUAUUUAACUUGUUUCUAUGCUUUUAUUGUUUACUUACCAUGCAAGAAGAAACAUUCUCCACCAUAUCUGCAAUUAUUCAGAGAAAUGAAUAUGCAGGGCCUCAGUAAGAUGGCAGGACAGAGCCAGUUUCUCUAAUUUUCUAAAAGGAGUGUUGUCGUUUUACAUUAAAACUACUCCAGCUGCCCUGAUAGAUCGAGUCUUCAUACAGAACUGCUGAGCUCACUACAAACACAGUGAAUGUGAUCGAGUUAAGAUCCUAACUUUGUGCCAGUGGUCAAAGCAAUUUUGUUAAUGAACGGGGACCUCAUCAUUUUAGUGAUAGUGUGUCUGUGUGUCCCGAGUUGUCCGACCCUGAUCAGACAAAGAGUCGUUGUCCGUCUCCUGGUAGACUAAGAGGUGCUCUGAUUAGCUGAUUGAUUUCCCUAUUUUCUCUUAUCACAACAGACUUAAUUCAACAGAGUGACUAGUUGAUUUAUCUGAUUUGAUGUAAGUGAAUCAAAGUUGAUCUAUUAGCACGUGUGAUAUACAGUGGCGGCCGUGGAUGUGGUUGUAUUUAGUAAUGGCGUUACAUCUUGCGAUGAUGAUACGGCUACAUGUAGGUCAUGACAUCAGAGGGAGAGUGUUUGAAGCAUUGGACACCUCAACAUUUUGACGUAAUGAUGUUUCUUGAUGAAAAGUUAAUCAGAGUUACUACAGUCCUGUGGGGGACAUGAAUGUCUGGAGCACAUUGCUGGAUCAUCUUACUAAGAUCAGUACUCUCUCUAGAAGUAGCAUGACUAAAAACAAAUUGUUGGAUGGGUAAUGAUUGCGUAGUAGUCUGAAACAAACAUUUUUAUCUAGAAUGUGUUGCUGUACAUUCAGCCCAGUAAAAGGGAAGUAACAACAUGAAUUCUGGACGGGCUGGGCAAUAAAACAACAUCAACAAUUAACACAAAUCGCAAUAUUACUAAAUAUAUUCAUAUAUACAUAAUUGAUCCACCUUAGAUUUGCAAAAUAUUGUAAAGUGUUUGUUAUUCUCUGACAAUAAAGACCAGU